UAGCUACAGCUAACCAGCAUCAAUAGUCCCAGUAACACAAAGGCUUGCUUUAGUGGUUCUGGUAUCUUGUUAAUCACAACUGAUUCUUCAGCCCCAGCUAAGCAAAACCAUAGAAUCUUCACAAUCAAAACAUAGCCCUGAUAAGAGUCUUUAAUCUUCCCUCUGAAUUUUCACAAGCCAGGCCUCCAUCAUCUGCACUGUUCUCAACAUUAUCUUCCAAGCUCCUACACAACAUCCCACAGAGCUCUUAACACUGAAUGGAUCUUUUAGCCCAAAGUUCCAAAGUCCUUCCACAAUCUUCCCCAAAACAUGAUCAGGUUGUUACAGGAAUACCUCACUAUGCUGGUACCAAUUUGUUUUAGUCAGGGUUUCUAUUCCUGAACAAACAUCAUGACCAAGAAGCAAGUUGGUGAGGAAAGGGUUUAUUGAGCUUACGCUUCCACAUUGCUGUUCAUCACCAAAGGAAGUCAGGACUGGAACUCAAGCAGGUCAGGAAGCAGGAGCUGAUGCAGAGGCCAUGGAGGAAAGUAAACAGACUUAACCAAGGAUGUCUGAAAACCUUGACAAGUCCCGUGUAGAUGAAGCUGGAGAGUCAGAGUCGGCUGCCUCUGAGCAAGGCCUGGAAGGUGCUCUGGGGUGCUCUGAUGAAACCUUACAGAAAAAAGGGAAGUCGGACUCGCCCAGUUCCCAAAGAAUGGGAAGGCCUCACUCGAGUCCUCCUCGGCUUGUCACUGUAGAGGAACUUCUAGAAACAGCGAAAGGAGUCACCAACAUGGCUCUAGCCCAUGAAAUUGUAGUAAAUGGAGACUUCCGGAUUAACGCUGUUGAAUUAGCAGAAGGCAGCUUGGAGAAGAGAGUAAAAGAGAUUGUGCAUAAAGCAUUCUGGGAUUGCUUGAGUGUCCAGUUAAGUGAAGACCCCCCAACAUAUGAUCACGCCAUCAAACUUGUUGGAGAGAUCAAAGAGACACUGUUAUCUUUCUUACUGCCUGGUCACACUAGACUAAGAAACCAGAUAACGGAAGUCUUGGAUCUGGAGCUGAUAAAACAGGAGGCGGAGAACGGAGCCCUAGACAUUUCCAAGCUGGCCGAGUUCAUUGUUGGCAUGAUGGGGGUAUUGUGUGCACCUGCUCGGGAUGAGGAAGUCAAAGCUCUGAGGGACAUUAAGGAGAUAGUACCUCUUUUCAGGGCCAUAUUUUCUGUGUUGGACCUAAUGAAAGUUGACAUGGCCAACUUUGCCAUCAGCAGCAUUCGGCCACACCUCAUGCAGCAGUCAGUGGAAUACGAGAGGAAGAAGUUCCAGGAGGUGCUGGCCAGGCAGCCAGACUCCCUGGACUUUGUUACACAGUGGCUGGAGGAAGCCUCAAAUGACCUUGUGACUCAGAAGUACAAACACGCCCUGCCAUCUGGGGGAGGUGCUGCUGGCUCUGGAGAUGCACCGCUGCUGACCCCUGCUUCUGUCCAGAAUUAUGCCUACCUGAAGCUUCUGAAAUGGGACCACUUCCAGAGACCUUUCCCUGAGACAGUUUUGAUGGACCAGUCUCGUUUCCAAGAGCUCCAGCUGCAGCUGGAGCAGCUGGCCGUCCUGGGAGCUGUGCUGCUGGUCACAUUCAGUACCGCGGCACCUGGCAUUUCUGGGCAUGCUGACUUUGCUGAGAAGCUCAAGGCGAUGGUGAAGAUUCUGCUAGCGGACAUGCAUCUGCCUUCCUUCCGUCUGGAGGACGCCCUGACUUCCGUUGGGGAGAAAGUGUGCCUAGAGAUGAGCAGCUGCCUCUCCCGGUGUGGAUCCUCCCCGCUCUCCGGUGAUAAGGAGACUGUGCUCAAGGGCCAAAUUCAGGCCCUCGCCAGUCCUGACGACCCCAUUCGCAGGAUCAUGGAGUCUCGAAUUUUGACCUUCUUGGAAACAUACCUUGCCUCUGGUCACCAGAAGCUGUUGCCUACAGUGCCUGGGGGAUUGGGUCCCAUUCAGAAAGAACUGGAAGAAAUUGCUGUGAAAUUUGUGCGUCUGGUCAACUAUAACAAGAUGGUGUUCUGUCCUUACUAUGAUGCGAUACUCAGUAAGCUCCUCCUCCGUUCCUGAGGCGCACAGCUGCCACAGCACGUUCCUCCUCUCCUCAGACCGCUCGAAGUGCGUGGAGAACAAAUGGCAUGUGGUACAUUCCUGUUUAUUAGCGCUGGUUCCAUGGGGACUGAAGAAUGCACUGAAUUCUGUUUUGAGGACUGUGUUUAUGAGUGCAAGUUUACAAAACCUAAGAAGCUUCUGUUCUCUUAGUCUACAGGAGCACAGAGCUUUCAACAGUUGGUCGCCUCUGUCUCUGCUCCUGCUUCAUCAGGUUGAAAGAACUGCUUCUCCCAAGAAACCUGAGACAGUUGUCUCUUUCUCAGAUGCCUGUGCCCGCAGUCAUAAGCCAAGACUUGCCCUUCUGUCCCUCCUCCCACUACUCUUCCCUGUGGGCGCUUUAUGACAGGGCUGUCUACAGCCUGGCAGUGUCCUAGCCCGUUCCUUCCCACUACCCAUUUAUUGCUUCUUGGGUCUGGCCUAACAGUGUUCAGAGCCCGCUUGUUCUCCAGCGGAGUUACUUAAUAGCUUAUUUUAUAUUAUUAUUGAAACAGCAUCUCUAUAUACGCUCCCCUGGCUGGUGUGAACUUGCUUAUGUAAAACAGGCUGUCCCUAGACUUUUUAAUUCUUCUGCCUCUGCCUCACAAAUGCUGGGGUUACAGGCCUCUGCCACCAUGCCCAAUGGCUAGAACUUGAUUUUUAAAAGCUUGUUUUGUUGGCUUGUAUGUAGUACAAUGGCCAGUGAUUGCCUAGCCUGCACAAGGCCCCGGGAUUCAUCUCUCCCAUCUAAACAGUGAAGGAGUUACAUGCACACACAUAUGCCUAGAGAAGCCAUACACCCCAGUAGCUUCGGUUACUUUUAAAAGGUAGAAGAAUUGUUUGUGCCCAGGAACUCAGGAGCAGUUUAGGACAGAGACUCCAACUUAAAAGAACAAGAACAGAGCCAGGUGUGGUGGUGCACACCUUUAGUCCCAAUACUUGGAAGGCAGAGGGAAGUGGAUCUCUGAGCUCAAGACCAGCUUGGUCUAUAGAAUGAGUUCCAGAACAACUAGGAAUACACAGAGAAAUCCUGUCUCACAAAACAAACAAAACAGAAAUACUGUUUUUUCUACAGAAGUACGCCCGAGCCUUGACAGUGGCAGUUAAAGCUUACGAAGCCAGGCCUGGUAACAUAUGCUAUAGCUGGUCUUUGCUAUUUUGUGGGUCUUCUAUUUCCCACCCUUUAUCCUUCCCUCUGUUUCUCCCCCUAACACUAGAUAGGAGAGAAGGAAGGAUGGGGGAGUGUCCCUGAAUUUAAUCUUUCUUUCUUUCUUUUUUGACUAUGGCUACUGCCUCUUGAUGCCCCAGCGUUAUAUUCCUUCUGAAAAGUUUCCAGAAUUCCAAACAUUGCCAAGUCAUAGAAACUAACUCUCAUGAGAUAACUUUCCAAUUCCUACAAACUGGGUCUAAGCCUUUUGAAGUGGCCAUUCUGAGUGCCAGGAUCUUUGUGAAGUGAGUCCUGUCAGCUCCUGUGUCCACCAAGCCUUCUAUUUCACUAUCAUUUACUUGCAGUUUUACUUUUGGCCUCUGAUCGUUAACAACUGUUUGCCAGAACACAUGUUUUCCAGUACUUCCAAAUCCUCCUGUUCAUUCAAUUGCAAUGGCUUUGCCUUUGAUGUAGGGAAACUAACAGCUGAGUAAUCCUGUCACCUGUGUUGAACUGCAUCUCUUUUUACAUGGGCUGUAAUUUUAACGUCUCCUUUGAAAUCUGAUCUAUAAUUCCUGGAAGCACAAUGAAUCUUUGGGAUUCAUUUUUUCCCAAGAUCCUCCCUACUGUCCUGAUGGCAAAGGACCAUAAACUCCAGUAGAUAUGUAGCAUUGAGUUUCUCAGGAGAGUAAGAGCAGCACGCCUACGGUAUUGCUCAUUAAAUAUCUAGUGCCAAGUGGAGGGAUUUUUGGUCUUCAUGUUCCUCCUUGACUGAAAUGGCUUGCCAUUUUUGCUGCAGAGCCUUGAGCCAGUCCCCUAAGGCCCUUUCCCAACUGUGAGAAAUUACCUUGAAUAUCUCUUUAGGAUCUGCAUUUCUGAACCCAGGGGCAGCUCUGGGAAGCGUAGGCCUUCUUUCUGCUUGAGAUUUAAGGAAACCGUUGCUCCUAGAAACCACUCAUUCUUCUUCCUUCCUUCCUUCCUUCCUUCCUUCCUUCCUUCCUUCCUUCCUUCCUUCCUUCCUUCCUUCCUUCUUUUCUUUCUUUAGCUUUGUUUUUUUGAGACAGAGUUUCUCUGUGUAGCCCUGGCUGUCCUGGAACUCACUCUGUAGACCAGGCUGGCCUCGAACUCAGAAAUCCUCCUGCCUCUGCCUCCCAAGUGCUGGGGUUAAAGGCGUGCGCCACCACCGCCUGGCUCAUUCACUUUUCCAGAGCAAAGAACUGUAUAUCUCAAGGUGAAUGCACUGGCUGUUUUGAGAUCUGAGGCUUUUGGUUUGGUCACAGUCCUUUUGCAAAUGACUGUAUUUCCCACAAUUGAAGCACAGGGCAUUUUGAUAUUGGAGACCUCUAUCUAUAGCUUGAUGUAUCAACAUGGUACACAUUAGAGCCAAUAUGGUCAUAUCCCUUAUCUAUUCAUCCACAGGUACUGCCUGUGUCUUUAAUGGUCUAAUGUGGCUUUUACGCAUUUUUACUAGUUUGUAUGGGAUCUAUGUGGGUUCUCCUUUCUCCUAUUUUAUCUUCUCCCGCUCGGGUCAGCUUCUCCCGCUCGGGUCAGCUUCUCCCGCUCGGGUCAGCUUCUCCCACUCACUCCCCUCCCCAUCCCACUCAGGCUUCUCUCUUCUGCAUCACCUGUCUUCGCUGACCCUUCUCUCUCAUCCUACUCCCCUUCUCUCUCUCUCCAAUCCUUCCACUGUCUCCUGGACUCCUUCUCAGCCUUUGCUGGCUUUUUACAUCCUCCCCUGUUCCCAGAAGUACAAGAGGAAAACAACACUAAAGGGUCAAGCAGUUCUAACAGGUAAGUAUUCCCAAAGAGUCAGCUGACUAGUUGGGGAUCCUUUAAAUGGCCAGGGACAUAAAAAUAAGUCCUACUACAUUUCUAUCCAUUUCUUUUAGCUACUAAUCAUGCAGUUUUGACGCUGCUUCUCCGUUCUUUCCAAUGUCUCUUCCAGGUGUCUGACGUGAUCUUUCUGUUGAUCCCUCAGGAGCGUGUGCACAGCUGAGAUAAACCCUAGCAGCAAUGCUUCUCUUUUCUGUAGUGUGGAUUCCGCUGCUUGAGCCUCUUACACUCCUAGACUGUCUUAUCUUCUAGCAUCUUGUGCCUGGUGUACCUCACUGAAGUCGCUGCCCUCCACCCUAGUCCUCUGACCUUGUAGCCCCAACUUGGGCAUGAAGGGUGUGCCCUAAGUCCCGCUCCUAGGCCUGCUGCUGCUCUGCACUGUGCUUGGCUCUGCAUUGCAGGAGGCCAAAGUCCCGCUCCUAGGCCUGUCAGUGGUUAGGUGCUGAAUGCUUGUUGUCCAGGCUCCUCUGGCUGCAGGGGAAGGCAGUGACUGGUCAGGCUCUCAUUCUCUGCUUUUUAGGGUCAGUGGCCAAGGUUUUCAUGAGAACUCUCCUGCUCAAUUCACAACUUUUUCUUCCCUGUGGAAAUAUAAGCAAAUCUGUGUCCCCAGUGCAAAACCUUCACUGACUUCCAUUCUGAUGGAUGGAAUUGUCCUUAUAGUAUAUAGACUGAUUUACUUCCACGUUCUUUUUCUAUAACCCAGUGUCCCUCAGUUGCUAUUGUUCCUUUCCUACUUUCAGAAAAUUUAAACUUAACAGAGCACUGUUUAAUUAUCCCUGGGUCUUUAUUCUUCCCCUUUGUUUUAUAAACAUUUCUUUUAAGGUACAAUUAGAUUUUUCCGCAACUACUUGUUCUGUAAAAUUUUGUGGUAGAUAUGUAAUGUACUUUAUAUUAUAAUAUUUAAAGAAUUGUUUCAUCUUACUGGAAACAUAUGUGGGGUAUUGUCAGUCUUAAUUUGUACAGGAUUCCCCACAAUAGCCAUUACUUCCAGUAAAUGUGUAAUUGCAGAAUCAGCUCUUUAGAAUUCAAAGCAGUUGUCCAUUGAAACCCUGAGUAUGUAUAUGGUGUGAUGUACAAACUUCAGUUUCCUAAAUUCUGCAAAAUGAAACCAUCUGCCACUUUAUUUCUUCUGGUGCCCCAGGCCUACUUCCAACAGGUGAUGGGUUCAGUUAUGCGAGAACCAGUGGGACGUGGCUUACCAUUUCCUUGGCGUGUUGCCAGGUGCUAGAAAUUGCUUUCUUUAAACCUUUACUGUUUGUUAACAUGGUGUUUUUCAUGAAAAUUUGAGGCUUCUAACACGUUUCCUAUUAAUAAUUGGUCAAUUUCUUCACUUUCUUGUGCUGGCAAGGACCUGGCAAGCCUGUAACUUUCUUAGUUAAGGGCUGCCAAAGGCCAGCUUUGAGAUCCAGAGUAAACCGAGGAGGGUAUAGAGUUAGUGUUGACCACUCAGCAGACUUUUCUCAGGGAACCAAGCUUGAUUUUUUUCUGGAGCUUUCGAAAAGGGUGACAGAAUGAACACAUGCAUACAUAUAGACACAUGCAUACAUAUAGACACAUGCAUGCAUAUACACACAUGUGUACAUAUAUAUAUACAUGCAUACAUAUACACACAUAAUUCUUCUCUCUCUCUCUCUCUCUCUCUCUCUCUCUCUCUCUCUCUCUCUUUCUCUCUCUCUCUCUGUGGAUAAAGCAAAUUUCAAGCUCCAACCACUUUAUAUACAUACACACAUAGGCUGAAGAUGGAGAGAGCAAAGGUUCAACAACUUCGCACAUACAUCUAUGUACAUAUACAUUAUACAUAUAUACAUAUAUUUGGUGGAUGGAGCAAAGCUCCAAUGAACAAGUAGUCCUUUGUAUCAUCUAACAUAAAAAUUCUCUUUAAUAAAAAAGAUUACCUCAUAGCCCCAAGUUAUAUAUUCUCUUAAAAACAAAUCAUUACAAAAAUACAUUCUUCCAAAACAGAAUAAAAUCAUUAUACAAAGGAAAUUACAACAGGAUUGAUUAUAUAUUUGUAUUUUGAAACUCAUACCUAACUAAAGGUUUACCAUCUAUGUUUUGCUCCACAAGUUUAUAACCCCAAAGCUAUAAUCCUUUUGUCAUAGAUUAGCAACUUUUAAGCAAGCCAAGUUUAUAGAAGCAAGUUUUUCCUGUGUGUAGCUGGCAGUUUGUAUUUACCAAGAACCAGGUCACCUGUCCUAGGUCUUACUUUUGCAGUCUUGCUGUAAGCUGGCUAAUCACUUACUCUCUUUCUUAUAUUCAUAAUGGAACUACUUACUCUUUGUUCACAUCCUCCUGUAUUUCAUGCGCACACUGAAAUCUGACCACAUCCCUAGAUCACCAGAUCCAGGAACUCAGACCGAAAAUAGAAUGUAAUGCCUUCUUUGAUAUUAACUUGUCCCAAGCCUGCCUUUUUCUCCCAAUUAUGUGCUUAUAAUCCAUGAAAGCUCACUGUACUCCUAUUCCAACCUAUGCAGCCAUCACUAUCCUACAAGGGAAGGGGCACAUUCUACUCUUAAUUCUAAGUUUAUUGUAUCUUUUUGGGAAAACAGCUUAAACAAACCAUCUCCUUAAACUUUCUAUCAACUAUCCAACUUCUUAAAACUAUUUAAAUCAUGAAUUCCAUAGUUAUUAAUUUAUAUAAAAUAUUUUAUGAAAGUUCAUCUUCAUAUUGAUCUGCAGAAAAAUUGCCAAGUAGAAUGGGUAGUCAGUCUCCCAAGAAGCAAUAACAGCAGACUCUAGGCAGUGACUGUCUCCCCAUGCCAUGCACCAUGCUAGAUACAUGAGGAGCAGCAGCAGCAGCAGCAAGAAGCCAUCCAGAGACACAGUGCCUGGGGCUGUGCCUCUCCAGGAAGCUCACUUGCCUGCUGCAGUUCCCCCUGCAUGGUAGGAGGGCCGUUGCUCCACCCAUACAGGCUAAGCCAUUUUAAGGGUAAUGAUGUUGGUAGAACAUCAGCAGUGCCUCCUUCUCCCCACCUCUACCCUUGCCCCAAAACAAACCUUACAAAUUUGGAAACUCAAUCCAUAUAGUGUCUGGUUUUGGAUAACCUGUGUAGUCUGUGGUUCUUGGAUUUUUUUUUCCGAGACAGGGUUUCUCUGUGUAGCCCUGGCUGUCCUGGAACUCACUCUGUAGACCAGGCUGGCCUCGAACUCAGAAAUCUGGCCUCUGCCUCCCAGAGUGCUGGGAUUACAGGCGUGUGCCACCACCGCCCAGCCCUAGUCUGUGGUUCUUGAUAACAUUUCUCAACAUCUUGCCCAGAAGUGUCUUCCUUUUGAUCCAUUAUUUUAGGAAUUGUCUCUGAUAUUGAGGGGAUAUUCAUCCUAGCUCCGUUUCUCACUGCUGUAAUGAGUCUCAUUCCCAUAAACUUAUGGCUAUGUCAGUCACAUAAGGCCCUAACUUUCCUAUUUGAUUUUCUGGCCCUACACAUUUAACCCAUCACACAAUUUGUUUUAUCUGAGAUAACUUCCCAAUUUCUAGAAACUGGGUAUAAACCUUUUGAAGUGGCCAUUCUGGGUGCCAAGAUUUUUUGUAAAAUGAUUGUUGCUGUUUUGUGCACUCUGUAUUCAGAAGCUGAGUUCUGAACCCCUAUCGAGACUGUAACCUGACAUUGGGGCACUGUAUUAACCCAUGCUCUCCAAUAAUCCUGAUUGGUCAGUAAAUGGCUGGGGCUUGUGACUGCAGAAGGAAGGUGGGGCUGAGAGCUCUUGAGAAAGAAGCCAGAGGUACGAGUCACCAUUAUGUGGAAUGGACCAUCAGAAGCCCAUGGCAAGAGACGUGAGUCCUGAGGACAGACUGAUGGAAGAAGCAGCCUGAAGACACAGGUUGGCAAGUGAUUGGCAUCUGUGUGGGUUUUAACAGGUGGGAGGAUUAGACUAGUGCAAUGUGCCAGCAUAAUGCCUACAACUUAUUAAUAAAUUAUGGUGUUUUCGUGUUGUUUACUUGAGAAUGUAUGGGCAAGAAGUGAGGUAGAAACUACCAGUAGAUACUAAGGAGUAAAAGGGGAUGUAAUAAUUCCCCAGAAAAAUAAUAGCAUUUAAUAAAUGAUUGUUACGUCAGCUCCUCUA